UAGAUCACUAUCCCACUGAGUUCAGUUCAGAGUAGACAGCAAUUUUCAAGUAGAUAAAUAAAGAUAGAUAAGAACGUAAUGCACAUCUGUCCGUGAUGAUCCCGGUCCUGACUGGGAGAAAAAGAUGCGUCAGUUCACAAUACCAAUGGAUGGAUGGACAGAAAGAGGUGAAGAAAGAACAGAAAGAGGACAACGACUUCGUAACAUGCGCCUUUGACAACCCGGGCUUGACAAGGUGAGGAGGCAAUGCAACAAAAAGGUGAAGGUGGCACCAAUUUACAUCAAGCAGAAGUUACAUUUUGGAGACCAGAGAAAAAAAUUCAUUCAAGUGUAUAUAAUCAGCAAGUAUGUCAAGCUAUCUAGACACUUCAAGUCAUGAAUCAUCGCGUAGAAGAACGACAGAAAGCCAAAAAGAUCUUCCUGAAGUCCAGGAGGAACUCAAAUUUGACGAGGAUAAUGUAUCAUCCAGAAAUUGGUUCACAUUUAUGUUUUCCUGUCCAAUACAAAAGCACAUGUCAACAAUAGAGGUGUUCACAUUUUGGUCAGCCAUUCUGGUGUACUUUCCGAUUGGAGUUUUGUCCAUGCUUGAUGCAAAAACUCCCUCCAUGAUAUUUAGAAUUCAAAGUGGAAAAUAUAGUGAUGGAAUAGCAAGAAUAUCAGGAAUGCAAACUGCAGUUGUGGCAUUUCUUCACAUUAUUUUCUCAAGAGCAAGUCCCUGCAUCUCAUCCAACUGUAUCAUCCUCGCAACUGUAUUUGAAAGAAUUGUGAUUGUGAAUAGUUUAUUAUUCUUAAUACUUUGGCAGCAGCUUGUUCCAGUUCAGUUUUUGUUAUCUGUCAUGAUAAUGGACACAGGCCUGUCAAUCAUCAUCACUGUAUUGUGGUUUCAUGAAUCUGAAGUUGCUUCUAUAGGAAAGUUUUUCAGUAACAUAAUCCAAGUAAUGUCACUUGAUGAGCCUUCAUCACAUUAUUCUUCCAGGGCUGUUCAGAUGCUAGGUCUUGUACAACUGUUUCUUGGAUCUCUCAUGGUUGCACUCCCAAACCUAAUCAAUCAGCUUUUAUACCUCAAUGCCAAUGAUUUAGAUGGUCAUUCUCAAGGUUUGUUGUCAGUUUGCCACAUGACGACAGCUGUAGUUGGUUGUAUUCACUUCUUUUCUGGGGGAGCUGACAGCAAGGCAUAUAAUAUUGCUUCCAUAUUUUAUCGUGUGGUUCUUAGUAUUCCUUUCCUUGUUGUCUUAGGGAUGCUGAAUCAGAUUCCAUUUACCUUAAUGGGAUACUUUGUAUGUCUUGAUGCUAUCAGUCUUUUAGUUGUUUCUCUUUCCCUUUGUUUUGAUACAAAUUAAACUACCGCUGACUGAACAGUUACUACAUUUUUCAAUUGAUCUGCAAGGAGCAAGGAGUUGUACUCAUGGCGAAUCUUCUAAACCAUGGAAUAUUAAUGCUAGAACUUAAUUAAUGGGAGAUUCAUAUAUAUCACAUUUCACAUGGUCUCAAUGUGCUUUAUAUUUAUGACCAGUGGAGGACUUUAUGGGCUGUACAUUAAGGUGUUAUUAGCGACCAUGCAGCUUACAAUCAUGAGUGAAUCAUUAGUAGAUUAGUGUCAUGCCUCCAAAUUGGGGUAUGCUGUUGAACCAGGAGACAAUCCACAGAACUCAAUUCUUUCCAGAAAAAUGAUUCUAUUUGGAGCCAAAUUUGCAUCCGGUUGAAAAAAAAAUGCUGAAAUGCCAAAACUUGUUUUCCAGGACAGAACAGAAGCCCUUAGCUAUUGACUAAUAAUGUAUGUUGGUAUCCAUAAAAUAGAAACUGCAAGGUUCUAAGCCUGAUAUGAAAAUCAAGAUAGAGUUUUAAAAUAUUCCAUGCUAAGUAUAGAAAAAAUCAUUUCAAUAGUUUUCAAAUGAUGACAAAUUUACAGUGUGACUACACCAACCAAGGCCACCCAGAUAAAUUUUCAUACAAACUAGCCAAUCACGAUUUAUGGGAAGCAUGGGUGGCAUAGCGGUGUGAGUGCUUGCCUCUCAUCAAUGCUCGAGUGCGAGCUCGAGUCCCGCCGGGAUCAGUAUUGUAUAUGAGUAGAGUUGUUUGUUGGUUCUCUCCUGUGCUUCGAGGGUUUUUCGGGUUCUCCGGUUUUCCUCCCUUGGCAAAAAUCAACUCCUAAAUUCCAAUUCGAUCACGGAAUGAGGGUCACAGGUUUGUUAGCCACUGGCUAUUAAGUGCUACCCUCAUAUAACAAGGACUGUUUAGUAUUUAAAUGAUAGAAUCUGUACACAUUUUCAUGAUUUUCCUUUAAAAGCAUAUAUUUUACUUCAUAUGAGUGUGUGAUGAUCAGAAGUGGUCAAAAAACAGUUUAAAUAAACCAGAAUUCAUCAAUUUGCCAAUUUGGUGUCAAGUGAUUUGUGAAUUUGCUUUCAAAUUUGUUUGGGUGGCCUUGGUUAAUGUAGUCGCACUGUAAAUUGUCAUCAUUUAAAAAACUAUUUCUUUAACUAUUUUGAAUUUGAUCUAUUCUAAUAAUUAUAAUUUAAAAAGUUAAAGUAAGAAAUGCCAAUAAAACGUUUGUGUCUA